AGGGACAGGUGUGUGACUGACGUGGCACGACAUUAAUAACUGGCUGCUGUGAUUUCUUGUCUCUUUUAAUACACCGGAGGGAAUAUCAGUCUGUACACUGCAAACCGCUGGUUGUCUGAUCAUCAGGGCAAUGAGAUAAUAUGAUCCAUCCUUAUUCUCACAAUGGAAACACAGGUACACAUGAAAAUGGCACACAGAGAGAUCCAGUCGGAGAGAACCAAACAGCCGGUGGAGGAGAUGACAGAGGAACGAUUCCUUAAAGAGCUCUACCUGUUCAUGAAGAAGAGAGAUUCACCCAUUGAGAGAAUCCCAAAUCUGGGCUUCAAACAAAUUGAUCUAUUUGUGAUGUUCAAGGUUGUCAGAGACUUGGGUGGCUACCACCAGGUGACUGCUCAGCAGCUGUGGAAACAAGUGUACAACACGCUCGGAGGAAACCCUCGAAGCACCAGUGCAGCCACCUGCACCCGCAGACACUACGAGAAGCUGCUUCUGCCGUACGAAUGCCACAUUACGGGCAUAUUGGUGAACGUGUUGCCUCGUAAUCAGUCAAAGCACUUCCACUAUGCCAACUACAGCAAAGAGCACGAUGAUGGCCAGAGGCCGGCCAAACGCAAACUGAUAUCCAUGCCUAUGCUCCAGAACCCCCGUAGCCUCCAGCCGGACCUCCAUGACAGCGUCUUCCCUCUGCCGCCCCACUACCCUCCGUACUACCACACAGUCCUGGCCCCCCAUGUCCCUCUCCCUCCCUCGGUGCUGACACCACACAGCCCCUCUCCCCCCAAGCCCUGGUUCCCUUUCUCUCCAUGUCUAAACCCGACAGACAGGGUUAAGGAGCCACUGGAGCAGUUGCGCUUCCUGGCAGAACAGUACAAGACCACAUCUAGGUUGGCGGAGCCUUUGAACCUCAGCGUUAAAGCACCGAGGCGUGAAACUGACAGCAACCCCGCCUCGUCGUUCACCACUCCCUCAUCCAGCAAGAACCCAAAGUUUCUGAACAAACCCUCCCCUCUGUACACCGCUCACCGCCCGCAGGUGGUGAGAAAUGACGGAUGCGAGACACAAGAUGUUGAAGUAGGUUCGGCAGACACGCCGUAUUCAUAUCAUGAGAAAGCUAGGGAGGCAUACGUCGUCGAUGUCAAACCUAUAACGGUCCCAAACAGCCCCACAUAUGACUCUGCUCCGACGCCGGGAACAGACGAAGGCGCCGUCGCAAUGACACAAAAACCCAGCUUUCCAAAAACAGACUUAACCAUCCGGCAAAAGGAAGAGAGAGAGGGGAGUCCAGAAGUGAGGGAGCUCAAUCUCAGUCACAUACUGCCCAGCCUCCCUCGAGACAACGGAGGCAAGAUGGAAAUUGAGGUCCCGCUGUCUGUGUUUCAUAACUGGCUCAGGUUGUGUGGGUCCUCAGCCAUGAUGCAUGGAGCUAAGCGGCAACCUACUUUUCCUCCUCAGGAGGAACACUCGGAACAAAGACAUUGUUCCGACACAGACGUCCACCCCACCAACCUGACAUUUCACACGAAUCCCCAACACCGGAGCGCAUCUGCUGAGGAUCUAAGGCUGAUACGCAAGAAUUAUCCGAGCCCCAUACCGACCGCUCAGAGUACCGGUAAUCAUCAGUCAAUCAACACAAGCCAAAACCAUUUCACCACCUACAAGCCUUUGCCUUCAGGUGGUAUUCUGAAAAAUGCAGCCAGCCGGGAUGUCUAUCCGUUUGAUAUCAAUAAGUCAUACAUCGCUAAACCCCCAAAUUACUGGGAUGCCUACAACAUCAACAAAGAGGCCCAGACUUCCCCCAUCCCACUGAUCAUUGACUCUAGUCCACGCUCAGCUCAGCAAGACUUUGCAGCUUCGACAUCCUAUAGUGUCGACACAGUGCAGGGAGGGAAGGAGAAGUCAGACACGGUUCCCUCAGCUCUGCUAAUGUUGAAUUCCAACUCCACUUCUCUGCUGCACCUCACCACCGAAGAAGUGAUGAAGCUGAAGAAAAUCAUCUCGAGCUCAUUGUGAAGAUCGGUUCAGAUAAUUACACGGACACUCCAACACCACAUUAAAGCUUACCCACGUUAUAUAUUGCUCUUUCAUUUGGUAUAUAAUUGCAUUUAUUUGUCACCCAAUAUUCAAUUGUCAAAUUAGCAAAAAAUAUAAUGUAAUGAAUAAUAAUUUGUUCACAUCAGGAGCAGAGCUUGGUUAAAGGAGGACUGUUGACCUUUUUUUUUGUUUUGUUUGUACAGAAAUAUUCCUUGUAUAAUACAUUUAAUACUUUAUACAUUUAAUACUUUAAUUAUAAUGUA